AUGGUUCAUCUGACAAAUUUUGCUUAUUUUCUAUCAGGUUUAACAGAGUCUGAACUCUUGUCUGAUAAAAAUCUGAAUAUUGCUUUGGACAAUUGCCUUCCUGUAGUUUCCUGCCACCAUGGGAUGUUUCCAGAGCUCGCACCGAAAUCAGUGGAAGAAUUGCCUCCUCUCCCCAGAAUAGACAAAUACAAGCUCGCAAGAUUUUUAGCAGAUAAAGCCAUCAGGGAAAGGAGAAUUUUUACCAUCUGUGGUCCUUACCCAGUUAUUCGCUCUUGUUUAAGAAAGAGAGGAUGGGUGGAAAGAAAGCAUAUUCUUAAAUUUGACAUUCAUGACCAUAAAGAUGAAGGGCAUGAAGCUGAAUGUGACAACAGUGUUAAAAAUGAAAAAAAGACAGUAUUGCAUGAAGAAGAAAGUUUAAACAAUUCAAAUGACAUCCAUGAUAUAAUGUCUAGAUUGGUAAGAAAUGAAGAAACUUCUUUUUAUUGGACUACUAAAAAGGAUGCAGUUGAUUACUACACCCUCCAUAUUGAUCAGAUAUUGAACCAUUAUUCGAGAACUGGCUCUUUUACAACCAAAAUAGGACUCUGUUUGCACCUGAGGAAUUUGCCAUGGUAUGUGUCAGUGAACCCAAACAGUUUCUUUCCUCGGUGUUAUGCCAUCUGUAUAGAGGAUGAGAAAUCUGCUUUUAUUGAUGACUUCAGAAAAACAGCAGCCUUCUGCAUAGUUAAAUGGAUUGUCAAUUUGCAUAUUUCUGAUGACUGGUCGUUUAAAGAAAACAGUGAUAGAGAAGAUGAAAUUCAGAUUAAAGAUUAUGAGGUAAAGAAAGUUAAGGAGCUUCCCGGAGAACUUGUAGAAAUGGCAUGCAAAGUAUGUGAAACCUAUCUUGAACAAUUUGAAAACGAAGACAUUGAUUCAGAGACAGAUAAUGUUCCAGUACUUUCAGAAACAGAAUGGAAUCAGUUCAUUGACCGUUACUAUUCUCUCAUUCAUGAAGGGGCAGUUAUUUGUAAUGCAGACCGUUAUUUUAUUCAGUGUCAAAAUAUUUUGCACAAAAUUAGGCUACUUAAUCCACAGCAAGAGAUUGAUGGUCUUCAUAACAUCUGGAUCAUUAAGCCUGGAGCAAAAUCCCGUGGCAGAGAAAUAGUAUGCAAAAAUCGACUGGAUGAAAUAUUGAAACUAGUUGAACCAACUGAUCAAUUUCCAAUUAAAGAUCAUAAGUGGGUUGUCCAAAAGUAUAUAGAGAAACCACUCCUCAUUUAUGAUACAAAAUUUGAUAUUAGGCAGUGGUUUCUUGUAACGGACUGGAACCCAUUGACUAUAUGGUUCUACAAAGAAAGUUAUCUGAGAUUUUCAACUCAGCGAUUUUCCUUAGAAAAUCUUCACAGUUCUGUUCAUGUUUGCAAUAAUUUCAUCCAGAAAAAUUACAAAAAUGCAUCAGAUCGUAGUUGUCAGUUGCCAUAUCACAACAUGUGGUCCAGUAGCAAAUUCCAAGAGUAUCUGCAGAAGAGAGGCCUUGGCCAUGUUUGGUGCAACAUCAUCUAUCCAUCUAUGAAAAAAAUCCUAAUAUAUAUAAUGAAGAUGGCUCAGGAGCAAGUGGAAGCACGAAGGAGCAGCUUUGAACUGUAUGGAGCCGAUUUCAUUCUUGGCAGCGAUUUCAAACCUUGGUUGAUUGAAAUCAAUAGUAGCCCAACGAUGCAUCCUUCUACUCCGAUUACAAUGGACCUUUGUGCUAAAGUGCAAGAAGACACAAUGAAGGUGGUGCUUGACAAGAGGCUUGAGAAAAAUUGUGAAACUGGAAAUUUUGAACUUUUGUGGAGACAAGCCAAAAUUAGAGAUGAAGAUUGA